ACCAGUGAGUCUUUCCUUUCCUCAAAUCACUUUCUGAGUCUCCAGACCUCCACCUGUUCACCAUACAGGAUGUUGACGUUUUCGUUGUUGCUCCUGGCUUUGUCAAGUCUCCAUGCUGCCCCACUGAGGGAUGAUGUAGUGGCACCCCCUAGAGGUAGGCUUCAGGAUCGCAAGGUCCUGGUUCUGCCCUGGAGCGUCCCAAUGAGGGAUCAUGUUGUGUCAUCCCCUAGAGGUAGACUUCAGGAUCGCAAGGUCCUGGUUCUGCCCCGGAGCGUCCCAGUGGAGGAGCGCAGACAGGGAACAGAGCCCUCCAGACGCUUCAUCAUGGACCUGAACACCGGCCUCGUCAAAGAACAUAUUAACGAGAUGGACAGGAGAGUGGGACUAGUGUACGUUCCUCCCUCUGUGGAUGAGUACAGACAGGGAACCGAGAACUCCCAGAAGACUCUGGUGGACAUCAGGAGCGGACGCAUCAUCAAACCUGUCGGAGAGAUGGAGAGAAGCAUGAUAAUGACUCCUCAGGAGCCUAUGGAGGUCCCAGUCCCAGUCCAGAGGAGAGUGGGAGGAUGGGUGAGGGCUGAUGUUCUGCCCUGGAGUCUCUCAGUGGAGGAACGCAGACAGGGAACAGAGCCAUCCAGACGCUUCAUCAUGGACCUGAACACCGGCCUCGUCAAGGAACACGCCAGUGAGAUGGACAGGAGAGUGGCACCAGUGUACAUUCCCUCCUCUGUGGAUGAGUACAGACAGGGAACCGAGAACUCCCAGAAAACUCUGGUGGACAUCAGGAGCGGAUGCAUCAUCAGGCCUGUUGGAGAGAUGGAGAGAAGCAUGAAACAGAUACUUCAGGAUGAGAGAGACAGAUUCCAAAAUGUGAGGCUGGUCGAGGCUGAGGUCUGGAGCAUCCCACUAGAGGAACGUAGACAGGGAACAGAGCCCUCCAGGCGAUUCAUUAUGAACCUGAACACCGGCCUCGUCAAGGAACACAUCAGUGAGAUGGACAGGAGAGUGGCACCAGUGUACACUCCUUCCUCUGUGGAUGAGUACAGACAGGGAACAGAGAACUCCCAGAAAACUCUGAUGGACAUCAGGAGCGGACGCAUCAUCAGGCCUGUUGGAGAGAUGGAGAGAAGCAUGAAACUGACACCUCAGGAUGACAGGCUGGUGAGUGCUAAGGCUAAGACUCAAUCAGAGAAAGAUUGUGUUGGUGAGGUCAUCGAUGGCCACUGCUAUCAGUUCAACCCCACACUAAUGACCUUCAGUGAGGCAGAGUCCUCCUGCAGCAUUCUCUACCCUCACGGACACCUGGCCUCCAUAACCAACGGCGACCUGCACUCCCGCCUGGUCUCCAUGGUGACCAGGGCCACCAAGAGUCCCAUCCUCACCUGGCUGGGUGGAGUCGUGAAGGAUAAGCAGUCAGAGUGGACUGACGGGUCCCCCUGGGGCUACAGUGACUGGAUGCCCGGUCACCCAGACACACAGACAGACAAGCAGGCUUGUCUGGAGAUGUUCAGAAUUGAUGAGAGCUGGUGGACAGCAGUGGACUGUGAACUGAAGAGAGCUUCCAUCUGCUCCUUCCCCAUGGCAGCAUAAGAGGCCUGCACUAACUGUAGAAUUAGAAUAGGUAGAAUGGACAUUACAAUGCACUAUGAAAGGGAGUUGUCACUCGAUGGAAAGUUGUAACAUACAUAGAAGGCAACAGAACCUGAUGGAGACCCACACAAUAGAGAAAACGCUGUUCAUGUUUGGGUCAGUGUAGUGAAGCACUUAGUUUAUCUAUUGGUAAUUACACCCCCCCCCCCCAUUGGUAGUGAUAUCAGGUCUCACCAGUAACCAAGUGAUGUCAACACAUGAAGUGUUCUAUUCUGUCACCAUCUUGAGUGACAUUAAAAAACAGAUUUUAAAAAAUAUAUCCAUUCUACACAUUCUGUUUCCAUGCAGUAAUAUCCUGUGAACCAUAAAACAUCUGCAUCCAUUUUGUAUUAAGUUGUAUGUCCUCCCUUCUUAAAAUAAAAACGGAGCAUUUUA